GCGACCAAAAUCCUUCCACCGAAGAGUUUAGCAAGAUAGUGAGCUGUCGAUUGAGCGCGACGAGCAACAGCUUCUUCCUGCAAAAUACUGAGCUUUGGACGGGCUCGAGCUCCACUGCAACGAAAACACCUUCACGUGGACACACUAGGCUGAACUAUCGCGAUCAAACUUAUAGUGGGGAGCAUUAAAACAACAACAUCUGCUGAUCUGGGGUCUGUUACAAUGCAAAACAUUUUUUUAGAAAGUGCGUUCGUUUUGUUACCAGGGAUGCCCUACAGAGUUCACACACAGCCGGAUACGUUAUCAAUAUACUCCGAGCAAGCGAAAACUACGUUGGGCUUUUGAUGUUUGUGGUGACUCUCGGUGACUUUUAAUAUCGUAACGUAACACAUCUCUAGUCGAUAGACGAACAAGUCUGCGAUCGCACCGCACAAGCGGCGCGUCCCGGUGAGCAAAACACUGACGCGCCGUCGAAUCAAUCAGAGCGGAGGAAUGCCAGUUGAAAGCCAAGCCUUCGUCACAGUUUAGCUCGAGUUGACGUCGCCGUCCAACUUGGUACGAGUUUGUACGCUGGAAGAGACGGAGACACCGCGGGGCGAUGCUUCGUCACACACACCGAAACGAUGUGCCAUGAUCCCGCCGGGGAAGACGGUGCGCGAGGCCGGCGACAUCAUGUUGGUCCGCAGCUCGCAGGCGAGGGGUGGAGCCAAGGUGAUACACGCCGUGGUGGUCAUCUUCCUGGAGUUCUUCGCCUGGGGGCUGCUGACCACGCCCAUGCUGACUGUUCUCCAUGAAACAUUCCCACAGCACACCUUCCUGAUGAACGGACUCGUCCAAGGUGUCAAGGGCUUCCUGUCGUUCCUGUCGGCUCCUCUGAUUGGUGCUCUGUCGGACAUCUGGGGCAGGAAGUCCUUCCUGCUCAUGACCGUCUUCUUCACGUGCGCUCCCAUCCCCUUCAUGAGGAUCAGCCCCUGGUGGUACUUUGCUCUCAUUUCCGUGUCGGGAAUCUUCGCCGUGACCUUCUCGGUCGUCUUCGCCUACGUGGCGGACAUCACCGACGAGCAGCAGAGGAGCACCGCUUACGGCCUGGUGUCGGCCACGUUCGCCGCCAGCCUGGUGACGAGCCCGGCCAUCGGGGCGUACCUGUCGGCGAAGUACGGCGACAGUCUGGUGGUCCUGGUCGCCACGGUGAUCUCCGUGGUCGACAUCGCUUUCGUCUUCUUGGCGGUCCCGGAGUCGCUGCCCGACAAGAUGCGACUGACGUCGUGGGGCUUCCCCAUUUCCUGGGAGCAGGCCGACCCCUUCGCCUCGCUGCGUCGCGUCGGGAAGGACUCCACCGUGCUGCUCAUCUGCGUCACCGUCUUCCUGUCCUACCUGCCGGAGGCGGGGCAGUACUCCAGCUUCUUCCUCUACCUGAAGCAGGUCAUCGACUUUUCUCCCGCCGCCAUCGCUGCCUUCAUCGCCAUGGUGGGCGUCCUGUCCAUCAUCGCUCAGACGCUGCUCCUCAGCGUCCUGAUGAGGACCGUGGGGAACAAGAACACGGUUCUCCUCGGCCUGGGCUUCCAGCUGCUCCAGCUGGCCUGGUACGCCUUCGGAUCCGAACCCUGGAUGAUGUGGGCGGCGGGCACGGUGGCGGCCAUGUCGUCCAUCACGUUCCCGGCGGUGUCUGCUCUGGUGUCACACAGCGCCUCCCCUGACCAGCAAGGUGUGGUCCAGGGCAUGAUCACCGGGAUCCGGGGGCUGUGCAACGGUCUGGGUCCCGCCCUCUACGGCUUCAUCUUCUUCCUGUUCAACGUGGAGCUCAACGACGUCCAGCCGGCGUCCGCCAGGCCGGCGCAGCACAUCAAGAAGUCGAGCGUUCCCGGGCCGCCCUUCCUGUUCGGAGCGUGCGCCGUGGUGUUGGCGCUCAUCGUGGCCGUCUUCAUCCCCGAGCGCCGCCCGCAGCCGCCCGACAUCAAGACCUGCUCGGCCAGGAAGUCCAGCGGCAGCACGCCCGCCACCCACGCUCAGGAUACCGGCGUCGCUCUGGCCACGCCCACUAGCGACGCGGAGGACAUUGAGCCGCUCUUACAAGACAGCAGCAUGUGAUUGACAGCCAGACUGGCCAAUCACAGCACAAUACGGAAGAUGCCUUUUAAAAAAAAAAAAAAUCUAUCCAUCAGAGGUCAAAGGUCAUUCCAAAAGAGUCCACCUGUGUUGCCAUGGCGAUCGGUGGAACUAUUUCCCUUCCAGUGUUUUUAGACUGGUCACAUGACCCGCCGAGCGCCGCGGUUGUGUCAUCCGCACUUUAUUUUCUUCAGUGUGUGCCUCCUCCUGCUUCCUUCACUGGACAAUAAAGUAUCCAAGCCUUCAUUAUGUCAACCAUAUUGGACUAUAGGGGUGCUAUUUCAUGUUCAGAGGGCUCUAAUCAUUUUUUAAAGUAUUUAGAAGGUCAUAAGAAGGUUUUCUGUGCCUUGUUUUCUCAUAUUUGAUCUAAUAUAUGGAGUAAAGGUAACUAUAGGGGUGUUAUUCCAUGCCCAGAGGGCUCUAAUGAUGUUAAAAGGUCCUAAUCAGGCUUUCUAUGCCUCGUUUUCUCUUAUUCUGUGACCUAUAUGGAGUAAUAGGGGUGUAGGGGUGCUAUUUCAUGUCCAGAGAGCUCUAAUGAUGUUAAAAACAGUAUUUAGAAGGUCCUAAUCAGGUUUUCUAUGCCUUGUUUUCUCUUGCUCUGUGUCCUAUAUGGAGUAAUGGGGUGUGAAGGUGACUAUAGGGGUGCUAUUUCAUGUCCAGAGAGCUCUAAUGAUGUUAAAAACAGUAUUUAGAAGGUCCUAAUCAGGUUUUCUAUGCCUUGUUUUCUCUUGUUCUGUGUCCUAUAUGGAGUAAUGGGGUGUGAAGGUGACUAUAGGGGUGCUAUUUCAUGUCCAGAGAGCUCUACCAUGCAGUAAAGGAGGGGUUGUGGUGCGUUCAAGGGCUGGCAAACUAAGCCAUCGCAAUCUUCCCGCGUGGGGAAAAGCAGUCGGGCGGUGACGUCGGUGGUGACGUCACAGCAGACAGGAAAUGGACA